CCUCUCGCGCGACCAUCGAUAUCACGCGCACGUGCGACGCGUAUCGCGCGACCUAACCUCGCGGGCGGAGAAAUGGCGGCCGCUGGGGGACGGACGGAGGACGAGAGGAGCAAGCCGAUCUUCCGCGAGCUGUCGGCCGGCGAUCCGGAGCCGGAGAUUACGGAAAUCGAGAGCCUGUGCAUGGAAUGCGGCAAGAAUGGCGUCACCCGGCUGCUGUUGACCAGAAUCCCGCACUACAAGGAUGUGGUGCUCAUGUCCUUCGAGUGCGAGCACUGCGGCUAUCGGAACAACGAGAUCCAGAGCGGCGGCAAGAUAGCGGAGAAGGGGAUCGAGAUGACGCUGCGAGUGGCGACGUCGCAAGAUCUGAAUCGCCAGGUGGUCAAGUCCGACUACACCAGCAUUCGCGUGCCCCACUUGGACUUCGAGAUUCCCGCGCAGUCCCAGAAGGGAGAGAUCACGACUGUGGAGGGGAUAAUCGACAAGAGCAUCGGCGCGUUGGAGCAGGAUCAGCCCAGGCGUCGGGAGGAAUUUCCAGACACCGCGGGCGAGAUAGAUCUGUUUAUUAGCAAAUUGCGCGCGCUGAAGAUAUUGGACGAACCGUUUACCAUCAUCUUUCAAGACGUUUCGGGAAACAGCCACGUGGAGAACCCGAAGGCGCCGAUCAAAGAUAGCCAGUGUACUGUAACGUAUUUCAAAAGGACGAAAGAACAGAAUCAUAUGUUAGGGAUAUAUUCUGACAACGAGGACGUUUUACUCAAGCCCAUACAGGAGGGAGAAUAUCCUUUGGAGGAAAUUGAGGGCGAGGUGAUGUCCUUUCCUACCAAUUGUCCGGACUGCAACAGUCCUUGUGAGACAAACAUGAAGCUGACGAAUAUACCGCACUUUAAAGAGGUUGUUAUAAUGGCCACGCUGUGCGAGUCUUGUGGUCACAGAACUAAUGAAGUGAAAAACGGCGGUGGGAUCGAACCACAAGGAGUCAGAAUUGAAGUGACGAUAACAGGUAGGGAAGACUUCAGUCGCGACCUACUGAAAUCCGAGACCUGCGACAUGGAGAUACCCGAGCUCGAGCUGGAGGUCGGUCCAGCCAUUUUGGGCGGUCGAUUCACGACCGUCGAAGGGAUCGUAGCGGCGAUGAAAGAACAGUUGUCGUCGUCCACAGCUUUCACCGGUGACAGCAGUGACUCGGAAACCGUGAAGAGGAUGGACACGUUUAUCGCACAAUUGGGGAAAAUUUUGGACGGUCAGAGAAAAGUGACUUUGAUACUCGACGACCCGGCCGGAAAUAGCUACGUGCAAAGUCUUACCGACGACGGGCCUGACGAUAGAUUGAAGAUCACCAAGUACGACAGAAGUUUCGAGCAGAAUGAAGAGCUUGGUCUCAACGAUAUAAAAGUCGAAAAUUAUUAGGUGUCUACUAAAAUAGAGAAACAAAUAUCGUUACAGUACAAAAGUCAUUACAUGUAAGAAUGGGUGGGAACGAAACGUCCCGAACUACUUAUUGUUUUUAUAACAAUUUUAUUGUUGAAAUGAUUCAUCGUGUAAAUACAAAUUUUUACUUUGGGGGCGGAAAUCUACUCCACUA